AUGAGAUCCGCAUUCAAAGACGAACAUCCUUUUGAUAAAAGAAAAGCAGAAGCAGCUAGAAUCACUCAAAGAUUCAAAGAUAGAGUACCUGUCAUUUGUGAAAAGGUUGAGAAUUCCGAUAUUCCUGAAAUUGAUAAACGUAAAUAUUUAGUUCCCCUUGAUUUAAGUGUUGGUCAAUUUGUUUACGUUAUUAGAAAGAGAAUUAAAUUACCAAGUGAAAAGGCCAUUUUCAUCUUUGUUAAUGAUAUCUUACCUCCUACUUCGGCUUUAAUCAGUACUAUUUACGAAGAGCAUAAAGAUGAAGAUGGAUUCUUAUAUGUUUUAUAUUCUGGUGAGAAUACUUUUGGUGAGACUGAAUUGAAACCAUUGGAUUUAUCUUCUAUAAAUUUUGAUGAUUUAAGUGAUUUAGAGUUAUAA